AAAUCAUUUUGCCGAGACAGAAAACACGAAACAGCCACCCCUCCCUCCCCCCCAGCUCCUAAUCAAAAGCCGACGUCGUUCAAUUCCCAUAUCCUCAAGCUCUCUCUCUCCCGCUGUCCUCCUUUAUCCAACCACCAUUUUCAACUGAUCAAAACCCACAGCUAUUAAUUCUCGCACAGUUAUGGAUCCAUGCCCCUUCGUCCGUCUGAUCGUAGAAUCACUAGCCCUCAAACUCCCCUCCGCCACCAGGCCCGCCGGUUCAGGCGUUCACCCUUCCGCCACCCCCUGCUACGCCAAACUCAAGAUCUACAACUUCCCUUCACAAACCGCUCUCCUCCCGCUCUGCAGCGCCGCCGCAGCCGGCCCACCGGAAUCUUCCACGUUCGCCCCCGGGUUCCACCUCGACCCAGAAGCCAUCCGCAGCCUCUCAUGCAGGCCCGCCGUCACGCUCAAAAUCUCGGUCUUCACGGGUCGCAUGGGGCGCACUUGUGGGGUCACGUGCGGAAAGCUGCUCGGCUCCGUUAAGGUGUCUGUCAACCUUGGUCAUGCUCAGACGAGGGCGUGCGUGUAUCAGAACGGGUGGAUGAAGCUCGGCGGGGAAGGCGGCGGGGGCGAGCCGGUGGCGAUUCUGCACAUGAUAGUACGGUCUGAACCGGAUCCCCGGUUCGUGUUCCAGUUCGGCGGUGAGCCGGAGUGUAGCCCGGUUGUAUUCCAGAUUCAGGGGAACAUAAGGCAGCCGGUUUUCAGCUGCAAGUUCAGUGCUGAACGGAGUAACAGGUUACGAUCUCUCCCGUCAGAUUUCAACAUCAACAAUAGAGGGUGGAUGAGGACCUUUGCUGGGGAGAAAGGCAGAGUCGGAAGGGAGCGCAAAGGGUGGAUGAUAAUAGUAUAUGACCUAUCCGGCUCGGCCGUUGCGGCUGCCUCUAUGAUCACCCCAUUUGUCCCGUCCCCAGGCUCCGAUCGUGUUUCACGCUCAAACCCCGGUGCUUGGCUCAUCCUCCGCCCCAACGGGGUCUCCAUCAGCAGUUGGAAGCCGUGGGGUCGUCUUGAGGCGUGGCGUGAGCGAGGGCCAGUAGACGGACUCGGUUACAAGUUUGAGCUCAUAACUAACAACGGCCUCACUAGCGGAGUUCCCAUUGCCGAAGGAACGAUGAACAUUAAAAAAGGUGGUAGGUUUUGUAUUGAUAACUCAAGAAAAGACUCAGCGUUGAGUUUCUUGUCCCCGGUUCGAGGGUUUGUGAUGGGAUCGAGUGUGGAAGGUGAAGGAAAAGUGAGUAAGCCCGUCGUUCAAGUAGGCGUGCAGCACGUGACGUGCACUGCCGAUGCUGCCCUAUUUGUUGCGCUCUCGGCUGCCGUAGACCUUAGCAUGGAUGCCUGCCGACUGUUCUCACACAAACUCAGGAAGGAGUUUAGCAACGACGAGCAAGAAUUUUUGCCCUAAAACGAUGUGGGCAAGUCUCAGAAUCGCUGUUGAAAAUCAUUGACGAUGCGUAGACAAUUUUCUCUAUCGCGUUUUAUGGGAGUUUUCUAUGUUGAAGGUUUGAUCUACUAAGCUGAUACAGAUUUGGCCUUCAUGUGAAGAUGUCAUAUUCUUUUAUAUUCUUUAUUCUUUGGUGAAAAUUUAUUUAUUUUUUCCAACUCUUUUGUAGUUUAUAUCAACUUUUCUUCAAGUGUAUUAAAUUGAUGUAUCACAGGCUGACAUUGUACAGAUAUGGAAAAAAAGGAGUGUUUGUUUUCUAAUAUUAA